ACCAUUAACUAGUGAAAACCCUAACCCUGAGGGUUCGCAGAUGUCUAUCUACUACUUUAUUCUACGACAACAACAAACCCAACCGAUUUAGUCACAUCCUUUUUGCUUCCUUCAUACCAAAGUACUGUAAGUAUUUAACAUGACUGAGCGUCGUCGUCCGGCUACGCGUCGCACCGGGUCUGUUGAACCUGCUAGUGAGCUGGUCGUAAGACAAACUCGAAGCCAUACUAGACGUCCUGAGGCAUCUGCCGAACCCGAAUCCCACACACAUCCCCAAGGCACGCAACGCGGUACUCGGCGUAGGCGUCGUAAAAGCCCAGAAGGUGUUGCCAUCGAUGGCUUCACAAACCCUCCUACCAGCCGCGCUAGCCCUGGACCGGGUGAUUUAGGCUUGGCCUCGAUCCCCGAAGACUUAAGGUCUCAGAAUCAAGCGAUAUCUGAGACAAAUGAUGCUCAUGAAUCGUCGGAGAUGGAGGCCGCUAGGGUCCAGGAUAUGCUUGAUUUUGAUAUCCCCAAGUUGAGACGUUGGUCCGACAAGAUGUACGAUGUUCUAUCGUCUAUUGACAUCCACCACCCCAGCGUUGAAGAACAAUCUAGAUUGAAUGGUACAAGGAAAGCUUUUGAUCAUGCCCAUUUCCCCUUCACUGCCAACUCCGGCAACAACGCGCUGUUUAUUAAACCAAUAGUCCUUUCUGAAGGCCAUGACUCGGCGACGAGGUCAACAAUUCAAACAGCUAUAUACUCUGGAAACAUCAUAAUACUUCUUUCAUCUAUUAUAGAUGUCCAACUUAGGAAAAAAGACCCGCAACCCGUUCUUGAGCAGCUAGAUCAUGUUUUCCCGUCUUUAUUCGGGCCAUAUUUCCAGACGGGGAACGACAUCGAGAAGACUCUAGACCUAUCGCUUCGUAUUCGAUAUCGCUACUUAGUUGAAUCGAUAGCCGCCGACUCCUCCGCUGAACCAUUAGAAGUAGCGGCCGAUAUAUUCUGCGAGCAGUCCCUGCACCAUGCAAGAAGCGCUCAAGAGGCACUGGAUAAGGGGCCAUACAAACAGCUAGCCGGGAUCAAAGUCAAUGAAAACUUUCCUUACUACGAAGCCUACCAGGCUUGCAUACAGAAGUUAAUCUCUAAUCACUCCGACCGGGACAAAAUGCUGCCAUUCUUAGAUGAAGAAUACCCUCAGAUAGAGCUCUCGAAUGACCUCAGAUCAUGGGCUUUGGAAGUGUAUCAGCAGCUUCGCACGUCAAAGGACCCAGACAAACUCCGAGCUAUAGAUCUAACCGCGGAUUUGCACACUCAGACGGAACGUGGAGAGUCAGAAUCCCUAUUCGUCGAUAAUAAUGAGGUUGAAGAAAGUUCCGAUUCUUCAUCAGAAAUGGACGACGGCGAGUACGAUCGACUUACACCACAAGAAUCUAAUCAAAAUUUCAUCGAUAGUGCUGCCGUCUUGGCGGCUGUGAGACAGAGCGAGAAGAAAGUAGUGGACAAACCGGCGGAGGCUCCACCAUCCAACCAACAGGCCGCGAAGGGAAAAGCUAAGGCGGUGGACACGGCAGAUGCAAUUCGUCACUUAGAGCCUAUCCAAAUUUUGAGUCGUAUGGGAAAACGGCCCAGCCCUAACACCAACGAUUUUAACGGAGAUGAUGAGGACCAUGACGACUUUGAGGUAAAUGAGCAACUUCAUGUCGAAUCCAGACGGACCCGCAACGAUACCAUAACUAUCCAAAGACCACCCUCAAAGCGCCCACGUUUGUCGCAACAAUAUCGAAGUAGUACUUCUCCGCUGCCAUCGCCACCAAUCGCCGAUGCCCGAAGAGCUAGCCGUGAACGGUUGUUAGAUGACUUGCAAGAGGGGCCCAACUUACAAGAACAGGAUAUUGUAGAGCUCAGUCAGAGCGCUCGUAACAUCCGACGCGCAAAUUAUGCAACCAAGGUCCGGCAAACUCGCAUUCCAUGGUCGGUACCCGAUACCGCGCGACUUUUGGAUCUGAUAGCCGAUCCUUCUUUAAAAUGUUCUUGGAGUGCGAUGGAAAAAGCGGGUGGCUUCGAAACUGAUCGAAACCAACAGUCCCUACGUGACAAGGCCCGCGGCCUAAAAGUCUGGUAUCUUGAAGGCGACAGACUUCUACCUGCUGGUUUUGAUCAAGUGGCCUUGGGCCAGAAAGAGAAAGCGGCUGUUAUCAAGUGUGGCAGAAAUCCUGAUCGACGGGAAGAUGACAUAGACGAGGAGGGCCAACUCACUAAUAACAUUUGGGUCGAUUAAGACUCAUAGUAGAUGGCUCUGCUUCUACGUUGACCCAGUAUAUUGGGCAUACAUUCAGUACGGGACGCUUGUGUGGUGGGGAAUGGCACGAGAAGGGGGUCAAUUUGGUGAAUGGAUUACAUGGGCGGCUUUUCCGGCUUUACCAAGAUUUGCAAUUGUUUC